AUGGCGUCCAGGUUAGCUGCAGCUCGCUAUGGCAAGGAGAACGUUCGUGUGUACAAGGUGCACCGGGAUGAGGCUGCUGGGACUCAGACAGUGGUCGAGAUGACUGUUUGCGUCCUGCUCGAGGGUGAUAUCGAUGCCUCAUACACCAGGGCAGACAACAGCGUCGUGGUAGCGACGGACUCAAUAAAGAAUACCAUUUAUAUCCUGGCAAAGCAGAACCCGGUGACUCCGCCAGAGCUCUUUGCCUCAGUCGUGGGAGACCAUUUCACGCAAAAGUACAGCCAUAUCCGUGUAGCCCAUGUCAAUAUCGUGGCACAGCGGUGGUCCCGGAUGAAUAUCAAUGGCAAACCGCAUCCUCAUUCAUUCCUCAAGGACGCCUCUGAGGUCCGGUCUGCAGAUGUCACUGUUACCAAGGGCAAGGGGAUUGAUAUCAAGACAUCUCUAUCCGGCCUUUCCGUCUUGAAAAGCACCAAUUCCCAGUUCCACGGCUUCGUAAGAGACGAAUUCACUACUUUGCCUGAAACCUGGGAUCGGAUCCUAAGCACAGAUGUCGAUUCAGCAUGGACAUGGUCGACAUUCUCCAGCCUGGAGCAAGUGCGGCGUUCAGCUGCCAAGUUUGACUCUACCUGGGAUGUUUCACGAGGCAUCAUACUAGAUAUCUUCAGCAGCGACAACAGCGCGAGCGUGCAGAAUACCAUGUAUAAAAUGGGAGAACAGAUACUUGCUGCUCAGCCACUGCUAGAGACGGCGGAACUCAGCCUGCCCAACAAGCAUUAUUUCCAGCUUGAUCUGAGCUGGCAUAAAGGCUUGAAGAAUACAGGCAAAGACGCUGAGGUCUACCUGCCGGGGUCUGGCGCUAGUGGUCUGAUCAAAUGCACCGUUGGGCGAGAGGGUAUCAAGGAGAAGUCGAAGCUGUAA